UUGUGUUUAUAUGAAUCGCAGCUGAUCGGGUGACAAUAUUAGUCACACAGAAAGAACGUAGUACUUUUUUAUUUUGAAAUUUGUAAACAUUAAAAUGAGCAGUCGAAGUACAGUUUUUCAUAAUAAUUGUUGUGGCAAAAUUAACCUAGGAACAGUUACGAAUAAACGGAUCUUUGUCUCGAAACGUGUAUGCACAGUAAACACAGUUAUAGUCAUGCGGAGGAGCGGACCCAGACGACAUGAUCUUGAGCAAAACAAACAAAGCUCUAACGUGCAUCGUGGUCUAUCUAUCGUCUCGAUUUAUAAGCAACAUCAACGCUUCCGUUAGAAACGAACCUUCGUUGAUGUGACCAAACGACAUACAAUACGCGAGUGAGUGUAUUUCAAAACGGAUCUGCCGGCAGCCCGCGUGUGUAGUUUAGCGGUCUUGCCGAAUGGGCUACACGAGCUACACCAGUUGAAUCGAGAAUGCAGGCUGCACUGCUUGCUCUCGCACUGGGUCGAACAGAGUUGCUGUAGACGUAGCGUAUCCACCAAAGGAAACAUGUUUCGAUCAAUAACUUUUUCUUCACACUGUAGACUUUUGUAUAACAGUUAGUAUACCGCGAAAGCAAUUACAUCCAAAAUUCUCAGUUUGGAUUGUUCAGGAAUUAACUUUCCUUAAAAGUCGCGCUAAGCAUAAUGAGGGCGUAAAUUAUUAAAAAGCUAACAUCGAAGAAAAUAAAUCGAUCAAUACAAUUACAGACACUAAACUGUAAUUAUCCUGUUCCUGACAUGAUCAUAAUGCAGAUAGUGCUAACAUAUUGUGAGGUAACGGCGGAACACACGUUUCGCAUUCUCCCCCAAUCGCAGCCGGUUGCGAGCGCGCGCGUGGAAACAAAAAAAAACAACACCACGCGUAAAAGGCAAGAGAGUUAAAGCCGACUGAGACGGAAAGGUUUGAAUACUAAACCCGUUGCUUCGGAUACUAUAUUUCAACAUAGCGGCGGCUGGCGGAGCCUGCUCAGUUAUGUUUUUUCUCUUCUCGAGUGAGGUGCAAAUUCCGAAAGCGGCGGCAGUUCCGGCGACUCACGCAUGUGCGGAUCGAGUUAUUGCGAGGCUGUUUGUGCAAUAUUAGAAAAAGUGAUUGUAAUGGUAAAAUUUUUAACGCGCCUUGGGAAAAUAUAGUCUACCGAACGAGAUUCUGCUAGGCGCAAAAAAAAACGAAUACCAGUCAUCCUUUGUGAAGUGCUAUAAUCUUGGGAGGUUUUCGCGUGCUUUGUUGAAACGGCAAAAUCUAAGAAUCUGAGUCGAAAACAGUUAGUAGAUGAAGAUUGUUCAUACUUAGUGUUUUUCUUUUGCAAAUUGUGAAAUGUGCAUCAAGCCUAAAUUGUAUCAAACUAAAACCUAAGAAAAUAGGAGAAGCAAAUCGAAAUUAUAAUAGCAAGUGCUUAAUUGGAAAACAGUGUUAAGAAAAUUUGUGCGAAAUUGUGAUCAGUGGAAAACAUUGACCGAAGGCAUAAAUUGUGUCAAUUGUGUGCUCCUUGUCUUAUAUAAAGCACAUCAGUGGCAAAAGGAAAGCAGCAAUCAUGAAUGUGCUCAAUUCCGUAAUGCUAUCUACGGUGGAGAUGUCCAAUCUACUUCCACUUGCAGCCAUCAUCGUUUGCGUUGGAGCCAUGAUCAUGUUUUUGGCCAAGGCUGCCGUUAUAUUGCGUGUGCAAGCGGACGAUGUGAUACGACCGUCAGCAAUGACAGCAAAUCAUGGUGUGCCGGUGCCAAGACUGAAAAUGACUCGUGUCCAUAUACCAUUUACGUUUCGACUUUUGGAGGCUGGAAAUAACUCUUUCGAAGAAAUACGAUUAGCUGUUUCCAGUCAAGUGAACUACAGCCUUCAAGCAUUCUGGGCUGUUUCAAUACGAGAACUUCAUAUGUCCCUGUGGCGAACCUGGAGCGAGCUACGAGAUCAAACAAAACACUCAACCAUAGUCAAUUCGAGUCACUGUCAACAGCUGGCUACCAAUGUGAGGUGUCAACAACCUCACAGCGAAAAAGUGGUGAUACUGAAAUCGCCGAAGCCUCCGCUUGUGCUUGGAGCGCCACCGCGGUUAGCCUAUCCGCUCGUUGUAUUCAUGAUUCGCGAAAUCGAAAGCGACGAACUGCUGCAUCCAGAUGAAACGGUCAUUCUCGUGAAUGUGGUGCAUCUGAGAGACCCGGUUUGCCCUCUGCCGACGUCUAUACUUGCGCAGUAUCUGAAGCAAGCGAGUGGACAAUUAUCAUGCUUGAAGCAACUCUACCUUGCUACUGGUGAUCCCACAUCCUCCGAAGAUGGAGCCCCUAGUCAAAUAACCGGAUCGUUGUCGCUAGCCGAACCGGUAGCGUGUGCCGACAAUUCCGGUCCUCUGUUGUGUAGCGACUCGAUACUGCGAGAUUGCCCCGGUAUCGAGCAGCUAUGCGUCGUGUGCCAUUAUUUCCCUCUAUCGCGAGCGUUGCUACCCUGCAGGCACACGUGCAUAUGUGCGGUUUGUUUUAACAAACUGGAUCGCUGCCCAAUGUGUCGGGCCGCUAUCACAAGCUAUUUCUGUAUCCGGACAGAAGACUACGUACCGCCGACCAUCGUAGAAUCGAAGGUAAACAGCAAAUCCAAAAUGGCCGUUCACUGGCUGGACGCCCUGAAUGACCGUUUGACAGAUUUUUUAGGGUUUAGAUAACUCACCUCAGGGUUGGACCUAGGAUAUUAUAACAGAACGUAUGUGAUUAAAAUGAUGUGAAAUAUGAGGCGCAUAGAGAGGGAAACCAUUUAUUUUGAUGGAAGCCCUACAGACAAUGAUCGAUAUCAAGUUUAAUAUAUCAGAUUACCCGUUUUAUUGGAAAACCGGACGUGACGAAAAGAGAUGCCGGACUCUGGCAACAGAUAGAACUAGAGGUACGAAUGGAAAUCAAUUGAUUUUUCUAAUUGUUACUAUGUAGUGUAAAUUGACAUGUGAUAGACUGUUCUCGUCCCUUGUGGCUCGUCCUUUUUAACAUAUUUAUUUUUUAUCUCGACAUACUGUUCCUCUUGCUUGCACAUUUCACUGACUGUAGCUUAUUAAGAUUUAGUUAAGCCGAUGUUCCCCAAUUUAAAUAUUCGAAUCGCAAAAUAAUCAAAAGCCAUUAUCAAUCAGCUACGUGAGCUUGGAUUGGUAUGCAUAAAGGGCCAAAAUUCCAUCAUUUUUUCCUACUUGCAACCAUUUUAAUCGUUAAGCUCAAUUAUUUCAUUUUCGCAAAUACCAGAUUCAGGAUUCAAAGGAUAAUCACUUUUCCAAAUUAGUUGACUUAAAAUAUGAUAAAAUGUAAUGAAAUUAUUGGGUGGGCGUUAUAAGGCCUCUUCCCCUAACGAAAAUGAACUUAUUCGGGGAGACUUACUCCAUGAUAAGUUCCUUUUUAUAAAGGUCAAGAUUACCUGAACCUUCCUGAAUAAGCAAAUGUUAGUUAAUCUUUUCGAGUUUCUACUUCUGCUGACAUUUUAAGUGAACUAAUUGACAAGUAAAUCUACUCAUCAUCACACCGCAGAAUUCCUUUGGAGCAACAAGCACAGAGGUAGAUUUUCAUUCAAAAAAUACAUUAAGUUUAUAAAUGAGAGAUAUCUAACCAAGUAAGUCACAGAAAACAUUGUAUCACUAUUUUUUAGUUUUCAGAUACCUUCAGUAUAAAUACUUAAUGUAUAUGGUUGAAAAAACCUUGAUAUUUCUUAACAUCAUAAUUCCCACACUAAAACGCUUACGGCUAUUAUCUUUACAGCAGUUGUGAACUGAAUUAAACGUGAUCAUUACCCGAUUUUGAAUUUAAUUUCCAAAUAUUUUCAAAGAGCUUUCUUUCAAUUUCUAAAGCAAACUAUAAGUGAAAAAUAUAAAAUAUGUGCUACAUUCGACGAGAAAAAAUCAUUGUUACCGAGACAGAACGGAAUGACACAUUUAAUUUAAAAACAAAAGUUGCUCCAGAGAAAUUCUCUCAACUCAUUAGGUUCAUUUAGACUUGCACUUCUGAACUUCAUUUCUCAUUAAACACGUUAAUUUUAUAAGUAGACAUAAUGGUAAUAAAUUAUUAUUGUAUUUUCUAUCAACGUUUGUUCUUUUUUCUUAAUCAUAUUUAUUCGUGGAAUAAUAAUCACAAAACUUUGUGAUCUAUAAUAGUGGAUCCAUUACGGUUGUUUCCUUAUAUGUUUAAUGUUGAUUUGCAUGGACAUCACAAACAGCAAGUAUAGCAUAGCUAGUUUUAUUCAACGUCAGUCUGUCAUCUAGCCUUCAAGGAAAUAGCAAAUCAUAGUGUAAGUAGAGGUACUGAUUAGAUAAAAAAAUUAAACAUGUUUCAAAAAUUA